GAAGCAACUGGUAGCAGUAAAGAUCAUGCAGAAAAGUCCAGACAAGAACAACUUCAACAUCAUGAUGAAGGAGGCCCGAGUGCUGUCGGUCGCUAGAGGAAGCACAUUUUUAUGUCAUUCCUACGCAGCUUUUCAAUCAGAGCUGGAAUCCUUCUUCGUCCUGGAGUAUGCCAGCGGGAAAUCUUUAAUGCAAAUGAUUCUUCGCAAAGGAAAUCUGCCAAUGGCAAGAAUCAUGUUCUACACAGCGGAGAUGGUGGUUGCCCUCCAGUUCCUGCACUCUAAGGGCAUCAUUCAUCGUGACCUAAAACCUGACAACGUGUUGGUGGACAGAUACGGCCAUAUCAAGAUCUGCGACUUUGGCCUCGCCGCAGAGAACAUCUUCGACCAGACAAGAACCAACGGAGUAAUAGGAACCCCUGGAUACCGCGCACCAGAGGUUCUAUCAAAGGCAGAGUAUAACGCAGGCGUGGAUUGGUGGUCUUUUGGGAUUACCAUGUACCAAAUGGCCACGGGCAGCUUGCCAUUUUCACCAUCAGGCAGUAUUUUAAGGCAAUUCUUUGCAAUAAAGAAGAAUACGCCGUAUUACCCAUAUUAUAUGAGCAAGGAAAUGCUGGACCUCCUGCCAAAGCUUUUGGAGAUGGAUGAGAAUCAGCGGAUCGGUGUCAACGGAAACAUCAGGGAGCACGCUUUCUACAGCACAGUGAAGUGGGAAGAGCUGGAGAACCGGAGAGUGAAGACCCCUUUCCAGCCAGGAAUGCCAUCAGCAGAUGACUUCACUGAAAUCCCGCUGUCAUUCUCCUCUCAAAUUCGGAACGAGGAAACCAACUUGGCAGAUUUCUCCCACGUGGAUCCCAGCUGGAGUUGGCAGGAGUAAGGCAUUGGUUCUAAUAUGGGAAAACAUCAAUACUGCCUGGACAAUACAACAACCUGGGCCAAUUGACAUCAUACCCUCUAUGGCAAGCUGCACCUCUCAACAACUCAUCCACCUGCGUCUGCCAUCAAUGUCGCCACCACACGGGAUCCCUGGCUUUGACUUGGAGAAGAGAAAAAGAAAGAA